GUAGCACAUUACUUACAGUGAUUGCACAAAUAUUUAAGCCAAUCAAAAGCUUCAGACAAAUCUCAUGUAAGAUGUGUCGAAAUAGGUCACAUAGGUUCUUCCAAAUAGUCAUUACACUGAGCAAAGAAUGACACAGGAGUAUAGUCGUGCAUGCCUGCGUGUGGCAGUGGCACAGAUAUGUCAGCACCUGGGAUGGAACUCGAUACACACAACUCCUAUGGAACUGCUCACGGAUGUGUUAGAGAGGUACCUCUUCCAGGUUGGCAAAGUCACUCACAGAUAUUCAGAACAGUUUGGAAGAACCGAUGCUCGUUUGGAGGAUGUGUUUAUGGCAUUUACUCACAUGGGUGUACAAGUGCACGAGUUAGAAGAUUAUAUCAAACAUGUUGAACCAUUACCAUUUGCAAAGGAAACUGUCUCAUAUCCGACACCUCAGGAAAAUGAUUUGAAGUUCCCAAAUCCUGACAGUAAAGAAGUACAGCAGAGGAAGGUGUUUGAGUAUGUCCCUGAAUAUCUACCAUACAUGCAUCCAGAACUUAAUGAAGAACCUGAGGACACUAACCAAUCUGCCAGGCCUGCCAGUCCAGAAAGACUUCAGGUGGAGCCACAAGCGAUAGAAAUGAGCCCAAGUGCUGGUGAUAAAAGACCUGUUUCCAGUCCAGGUGACAGCUCGGUACCACCUUUCAAAAGACAGAGAUUAACUACGUCACAGCCAUUGCCUGAAGAAGCAUCUCAAUCACAGUAUGAGAUGAUAAGUGUUGUGAUGACACACAGUGGUAUUCUAUCUCCGAUCAGAGAGGGCAAGGUCCCUGAUUCCAAAGCACCUCCAGCGGGAUUCAAACAGAUUGUCAUUGUUCGGCAGAAAAGUGCCGGACAAACGGCGGCACCAGGUAUUCAUUUACCAUCAGAUGCAUCCGUUAUAAAGCUUGACUUUAACAAAGACCCUAGCAAAGGUGGUAAAAUUGUUCAAGUGGAGGACAUGGAAAAAGAUGCUGGAGCAAUAGAUUUUGAUAGAAAUGAUCCUGAAUAUAAGCCAAAAGCGAAAAAGAAGUUUAAAGAUUUCAAGAGGGACAAGUUGACAGCACAAAAACCGUUUAAAAUUAAGCGAGGACCUGGAAGGCCUAGGUCCCCAGGCAGAGCAGCUGUAGUUCACAAUAAAGGUGCUGUUGGAUUUUCAAGGAUUCCAGCUGUGUCAGGAAUGAAUCAGAUUGCAAAUGCAGGGCAGGAGGGGCCAAUGGACCUGUCUUUGAAGCCUACUCCUCCACCUCCAAACAUCAGUGUUGUUAAAACAGAAGAUCAGAGUAAAGAACUAGAAUUUAUGAAAUACCCUGAUUACAAACCCAAGUCAACAGCACUUAGUAAGCAGCAAGAGAAGGACUAUGAGGAUACAAUAGAUUCAGUGAUAGGAAAUAAGACUUCAGAAUCAGACUUUGAUAGACCUCAUCAUAGAGAAGCUCCUGUAUCAAAAGAUAAGAAAUCUAAGCAAGUAGAUGAGUGGCGUGUCAGUCAUAUAAGUGAAUCAUAUGCUGGUGAUGAAGACGAGGAAGGUGAACGUGAAAACAGAGAUUUUUCACGACCUAGUUCAGAAAGUUCGUUUCCGCUACCACCACCCACUAUGAUAGCUCCUCAUCUCAAACUUCUGUAUGGGGCUUCUCCAGCUGUGUCUGUAAGCCCAAGACCUAGGGGUCGACCAAGAGGAAGUGGAAGUGGGUUCUAUAGAAGUUAUGCUGGAAGGUCACCAAUGGGUGGAAGACGCGGGAGGCCUCCAUUACACAGAGGAAGUCCUGGAAGACCACCACUUAAUCGCAGUCCUGGUAGACCCCCCUUAAAUAGGAGCCCUGGGCGACCACCAUUAAAUCGUAGUCCAGGUAGACCAAGCAGCGGGCGCAGUCCAGGGCGACCUAAAGGUUCAGGUAUGAGUCCAAGACCUAGAGGCAGACCAAGAGGAUCAAAGAGUCCAAGAAACAGGGGUGCAAGCCCUAGAGGAGGAAGUCCAAGAGCAAUCACUCAUCUUAAAUUUGAUGAAACUAAUGACUCUAACGACUCGUCUAAAGCUACUCAUAUUUUCAAACUAGAUAAUGAAGACUCAGAAGCAACUCUGUUUGAAUUUCCGUCCCGCUCCCCACCUCCAAAAUCUCCGAAAAAAGAACCAUCACCAGUUCCGGCUAGCAGAACUCCUCCAGUAGAGGAUAGGUCUUCAUCAGUGCCCAGUCCAGCUCCAACAGAACCAGCUGAAUCUUCUGGCUCGAGGGAGGUAUCACCUGAACUAUCACCUGCCUCAGUUCAUUCACUACCUUUCAAGAGAGAGCCAACACCUGAAGAAGAAACUCAUUUUCCUCCCAUUAAAGACCGCUCACCACUUAAGGAUACUGUAGUUAAAGAUAAAGAGGUCAAGCUAGAUAAGGAUAGAGAAAAGGACCAGGUCAAUAGAGAAAAAUUUGAAAAAGAAAAAACUUGGGAUAGAGAACACAGCAGGGACAGAGAACAUAAGGAAUAUAGCAGAGAAGAAUUUAAUGAAUAUAAAAGAGAACACAAAGAACAGAGCAGAGACAAAGAAAAAAAUAGAGAAUAUAGCAGAGAUAGAGAAAGAGAGCACAAAGAACCUAGCAGGGAUAGAGAAAGGGAACACAAAGAACAUAGUAGGGAUAGAGAAAGAGAGCACAAAGAACAUAACAGGGAUAAGGAAAGAGCACACAAAGAACAUAGCAGGGAUAAAGACAGAGAAUAUAAGGAACAUAGCAGAGACAGAGAAAGAGAAAAUAAAGAACAUAGUAGAGAUAGAGAUAUCAUCAAGGAUAGAGAACAUAAAGAACAUAGUAGAGACAGAGAUUACAAAGAACACAGUAAAGAUAGAGACAGCAGGGACAGAGAUCACAAAGAACACAGUAGAGAUAGAGACAGCAGAGAUAGAGAUCACAAAGAACACAGCAGAGAUAGAGAGCGAGAAAGAUCUAAGGAACACAGGAAAGAUAAAAAGAAAAAGAAGAAGAAGAAUAAGGAUAGAGAGAAAGAAAAAGAAGAUGAUAAAGAAAAGAAAGAGAAGCACAAGGAGAAAAAGGAGCGUGAACGCGAGAAAGAACCAAGAGAGGAAUCGCCAUCAAUUCCACCUUUGCAGAAGUUAAAAAUCAAGUUUGGUGGUGGAUCGGCAUCCUCGCCUGGUUCGUUCAGUAUUAGCACAUCCAAACUUGUUGCUUCACCUAAACCAGAACCUGUUUCACCUGUGCAUCGGCCAGAGAUUCCAAAAUUAAAGUUUAAGAUGUUGCCACCUAAGCCUGACGCAUCUGCUGAGGGUGAUCAGUCAUGGGUAUCUUCCAUUAAAAAGGAGAAAUCUGCAACACCAAAACACGAGUCCUUAAUUUCUAGCUCACCAAGAGUAUCACCGAGUCCAGGUUCUAGAACAGCUUCCCCAAAACCAAAAUAUGGUAAUACUAGUGAUUCAGAUAACAAUUCUGAGGACGAAGAAUUAGUUGAUAAAACAAACAAAUCUGGUGAAGAAGAAGUGACUGUUUCUGUUGUGAAAGGUAAAGUUAUUGUAAAGAAACCUGCGAAACGAGGGAAAAGAAAAGGCUCAGUAAAGAAAGGAAGACCAAAAGGGGAUGGGUCUAAAAAGGAGGAGUCAAGUUUAUUGUUUGGUGAUGCUAAUGAAGGCCCUGUGGCAGCUAUUAAAAGGGAACCAGAAAAAGAAGCUUCACCUAUUUCACCUCCUUUCUCUCCCCAGAAUGUCCCGUCCCCAAUCACUAUUCCUGCCCUGAAAGCUGCUCCUCCUCCGCCCUCCCCUCCAGCACCAUCUAAGAAAAUAUCCCCUCCCAAACCAAAACCUCUGCUGAAGGAGCAGAAACCUUUGUCACCACUUGUAAAAGAUACAAUCAAACCUAAACCUGUUCCUGUGCCAGUUGCUAAGGUAGCUAAAGUUAUCAAGUCUCCACGCCGCUUAUCUCCUAAAAAGUCACCUAAAAUCUCCCCUACAUCAAAAAAGAAAGGAAGUAUGUCACCACCAAAAACAUCACCUACAAAAACGUUCCCUUUCAUGGAGUUUACUUCACCAAGAACUCCGUCUCCACGUCGCAGCUCCAGUCCAUCAGCAUCAGCUCCCUCCUCCCCAAUGUAUUCCCCAGCAUCUUCCCCAGCUAGAGAUUCCCCACUUCAUUUCCAGAUUCCACCAACCCCUGCUUUUCCAACUCGAACCCACUCUCCUCCACCCUCCCCAGUAUCCAGACAGAUAUCUACAGAUGAAGAGGUUGAAGGAACUUCAGCAGAUAAACCACGUAUGCUGCCACCUGAAUUGCCACCAAUGCCACCUACAUCAGCUCAGAAACGUGCUCAGAGAACUGUUAUCACAGAGACAAUUGGAACAUUUGUUAAUGAAUCGGGAGAAAAGAUUUGGAUAUGUCCAGCAUGUACGAUGCAAGAUGAUGGAAGUGCUAUGAUUGGCUGUGAUAUAUGUGACGAGUGGUACCACUGGGUUUGUGUUGGUAUCGAGGAAGAGCCGAGUGAAGACUCAUCCUGGUAUUGUCCAAAAUGUGUGAAGCCAAGCAAGUCAAAGAGCAAGAGGGGACGUAAAAAAAGGAAAAGCUAAUCUUGACAUAUAAACUUUUUUAGUUUGUGAAUCAGUUAGUGUUAUUUUUUCAAGGUGUGGAUAUAAAGUGUUAGUUUAAUUAUGACAUAAUGCAUUGUGAUUAAACAGAAAUUUGAAACAAAAUAAAGACAAAUCUUCACAAAAAGACAAGAUAGAUCUUGAAUGUCAGGACAGCGAAAUUGGUGUGAAAGCUGAACAGUAGUUUUCUAUUUUAAAUAAAAGGAACAUGAAUUAAUGUUACUUUGGGGUAUAGUAAUAUCUCUGAAUUAUUUUCAUACGUCCAAAGGGACGUACUAUACUAUGACGCCAGUGUCUGUCUGUCUGUCCGUCUCUUAGCAAUUUCGUGUCUGCUCUGUAACUCUUGAACUGAACCUCUUGAAGGAUUUCAAAGAAACUUGAAACAAAUGUUCACCACAUCAAGAUGACUUGUAGAACGCAUGUUUUGGAUGGCUCGCUUCAAGUUCAAGGUCACACCUAGGGGUCAAAGGUCAUAUGAUUUUGUUUCAUGUCCGCUCUGUAACUCUUGAACUGCUCGAAGGAUUUUAAAGAAACUUGGCACAAAUGUUUACCACAUUGAAAUGACGUGCAAAGCGCAUGUUUCGGAUUGCUCUCUUCAAGGUCAAGAUCACACUUGGGGGUCAAAGGUCAUACCUUUGGGUGUAUAUUGCUCUGCAUUGGGCAUGUUCUAAUCUCUGGCCUGGCCUGGCCUGGGCCGAUGAGCCCAAUUUUCGACUGGGCCGGGCCAGGCCAGGCCAGAUUUUAUUGUACAUAGAGAAAUGAAUGGCAUGAAAUCUAAAUAUACAAUUACAAUAGCAGGCAGUAUUAACCUGCAUUGUUUACUUGCUGCAUGUCAAACAAAAUGAGAAACCAGUCCCCUGGAGAAUCAUUAAUUAGCCAUCAUUCAUCUUAUUUGAAAUACAGAUUUGCACUGAAGAAAAUGGUGUAACUAAAUGAUAACUACCCUUUUUUUCUGUGAUCAAAUUAUUUAAAGUCAACUUUAACACUUGGUUUUAAAACUAAGGGCUAAUUUCAUUGAUAAGUUUACCUGCUGCAAUAUAACUGAAUAUUUGCAUGCAUCUCUUUGGGAAUUGUAAUUACAGGUUGUGUCCCUACUAUCCUUAGCUGACCUUUUAACUGUUCAGUUGAACUUUUAAUGUGUUUGGUUUAGUUAAGCUGAUGUUCAAUUUAUGGAAGAGUAAUAAAAAUAAUAUUCAUUAUGGGACCUCUAACUCAUUGUCGGCAUACACUUAUUUGUGGAAUGGAAUGAGAUACUUAUUCCAUUCCAUUCCAUUCCAGUAUCUCAUUCCAUUCCAUUCCAUUCCAUUCCAAACUUCCAUUCAUUUUGGUAAUGCCCCAGAAUAUUUAAUUGGAAUCAUGCAUGUCAAGGGCAAACUAGCUUACUUAAGAGUAUGAUGCAGUCUUGACAAGUAGUCUGAAGCUGUGGGAUCUAAUCUUGUCAUGCUAUUUUUCGUGUCCUCACCUACACAGUACUCUGUAUAAGUUCAAAUUGAAUUGGAUCCAAAUGAGUUGCGGUUUGUGUUUUGGAGUUUAACGCCCUGAUUCAACUUUUUUUCAUUCAUAUCAAGACGAUUAGUUUAGUGACAUAUCGUUUCUGGGCAAGCUACCGCAGUUUACCAGUACUUGGUGCACAAUUUCCCUUACUGGAACAGAGGUAGGGGGUGAAGGAACACCCUGACUAAAUGCCAUGGGAAAUGCUACGACUCGGUUUCGGAAUAGAACCCACGUCCCCCCAUGAGGGACCAGCACUCCAAAUGAACAUCAGAAUAUAUAACUUGGCCCUAUUUUUUAAUGUUUCAAAGCAAAACAAAUAAUCCAUUCUGAUAUCACUCGAUCCCUAUUCCACCCCACCCCUACACUCUUCCUCCUUAAUCAAAUAAAAUCAGACCCAAAAAGAAUCUAAUGACCUAAUGACCUUGUUAUUUCUAGCAAAACAACAAUAACAUAGCCAUCUGAAUAAUUUCAAAUAUAACAAUAAGACAAUAACUGUGAGAUAAAUUUCUGCAAGAGAUAUCCGUUGAGAUUGUCCAACAGUUUAAUGAACCAAUUCUACCUAAAGCUGAACUUUGGUUUGUCAGUCUGUUACAAAUGGCAAUGAGAUAUGACCUAAAGAUGUAAACAAAUCAGUAUGUUUUGGAAUGGAAUGGAAUGGAAGGAGAUAGUGAAAUGGAAUGGAAUGGAAUAAGUAUCUCAGUCCAUUCCACAAAUAAGUGUAUGCCCUCAUUGUCAGGGUGUUGGCAUUUCAGAUUAUUGAUAUUUGCCUUGCACAAAAAAAAAAUAAUGGUGCAUUGUGUUUAUGUUAUUUCUAAGUGAUAUAUUUAAUGCUAAAAGAUGCUCUUGAGCCUGUUUCACAAAACUUUGUAGGAUUUUUUUCCCACAUACUUAGAUCAAUAUAAAAACAAUCUUACAAAAAUAUUCAGUAUAUGUAUAACCUAAACUACAAAAUUUAUAUAUCGCUUCCCCGCACCAUACUAUCCCAGAUUCUAGAACGGAGGUAGCAUUAUUUUAGAAAUUGAAAGUUGUUGUCCGUUAGUAUUGACAGGUGCCACUCUUUAUUUUACACCAUAUUUGUAACCUGAAAAUAUCUAAAUUGACCAAAAUAACAUGCAAAGUUUACCAAUGACACAGUGGCGUAGUGAUAAGUUCUGCGACUUUCACACAUGUUACCAUGGGUUCGAUUUCAAUUCAGAUUGUUUUCAUUAAAUCAAUAUAAUGUCAUUUUAUUGAUACUGGUUUUAUUCUUACAACAUUUUAUGGUAAUUACUUGUAUGUAGAAGAAUGUCAAAUACUUGUGUAUUUCUUUCAAUAAAUGAACAAUAAAUCACGAUAAGUGACAAUUUUCCUGCAUUCUAUUUAGUUUACAGAGGAAAUUAAAAAAAAAAUGAUAAUGAAAAUGGUCAAACAGGUCACGGUUUCGAACUUACAGUCCCGAGAUUGGUAGCUGAACGUUUUGUCAGCACAACUUUAUCUGCAUUUACAACCUGGCAGUAAAGAAAUGUUUAUAUUUUAUUUGGUUUUCAAUAUUUAUGUUUUUAUUUAUGUUUGGGCACCAAUUUUUUUACGGAAGCAUAUGGAAUAUUCUUGAGUGCUAGUUCAAUAAUUUUGGACAAUACUAAAUAAUCCUUAAUAGACAAAAUAAUAAACUUAGUUAGCUUAUUCAUAUUGGGGGAAAACCAAGCCACCAGUCAAGAGUCAGUUGAGGUGGAGAUCCCCUGAUAAUAGUCAUAACAAUUAAUCAGGCAUCACCUUUAAAUUAGACAUAAUAGUUAUGUUAGCUACAGGCUUAUUCCCAGGUGUAUAAUUUUACAGAGUGAGAGUUCAAAAUGUAUUUAUAUAAUGUCUGAAAUAUCCAAACUUAUUCCAAAAGUCAGAUUUUAAAGAUGCUAUAAAAGUCACUUUCACCUUUUACGAAAUUGAAAUCUAUGGCCUGGCCUGGCCUGGCUUAGUCGAAAAUUGGGCUCAUCGGGCCAGGCCAGGCCAGGCCAGAAAUUAGAACAUGCCUCUGCAUUGUGGUUUUUUUAGUUGCUAAAUGCUGUAAUGAUAGUUCCCAUAUUAAACAGACAGUAAUGUGUUGGCAGCUAAUGUAGUACCAUGAAUGACAGUGCUCACUUGCAAUACAUGUAUUUAUGUACUAUGUAUUUUUGUACUAUGUACAAUUCUGAAAUAAAUGUGCAAUUAACAGUA